ACUUAUGUUUUUACGUCAUUGAUCUAGUGAUUUUUCGCGCCUCCCUUGCAAACGUGUCACCACCACGCGAAACUCUCGCAUGCGCUCCAUUCCAAAAAAAAAAUUCAGCCAUAUUGGUGUGCUGUAUCGCUAUUCUCAGUGAUUUCGAAGCUCAGCUAAGAAGAUAAUACAUCAUGACGGAUUCCAUGAAAUUUGGUCCAGAAUGGUUGCGCUCUGGUGGUAGUAGUGGAGGUGGUGGAGGAACCACAUCAUUGAGUACACCUCGGUACCAAUUGGCAGAGCAUAGAUAUGGUCGAGAGGAGAUGUUGGCUCUUUUUGAUCGCAAUUAUAAACCUCCAGAGCUCUUAACAACUUUUCCAGCAUUGUAUGUAGAGAAGACUCAACUUCCAUUGGCUCUUGUACAGAUGACAGAGGAUGAAACACGUAUGUGGAAUGGAGGAAUAACUAAUAUUGGUAACCGUGGGAGAGGCAGCAGCGUGGAUCGUGGACGUGGUAGGAUUGGAAGAGGAGGCUUAUAUCCAUCUCAUUAUUCACGCGGGGUUGGUUUUGGUGACGAUUCCGGUGAUGGGAUACGAAUCGAGGGCCAAUCAUUCCAGGGAAGAAAUAGGCCAUUCGAUAGAUCUCAAAGCGAACGUGGUUGGCCAGAAAGAAACGGUGCUUCAGAUCCAGGAGAAUGGAACGGCUCGACAAGUCCAAGAAAAGAACUAAGUCGUGGGACUAGUGGUAGCUCGCUUAUGGAAAAUAAUUGGAGACGUCAUCGCGGAGGAGGAGAGGAUGACGACGGUUGGCGCAAGUGGGGAAGAAGUAGUUGGCGCGAGGGUGGCAGUAUAGAUCGGGAUAGGCUAGAUCGAAAUGACGGUGAUGGGGAGGAAAGCAGAAGUAGUGGACCGGGAAGAUGGGAACAUCGAGGAAACCACAGACCCUCCCACGACUCGGUUCAUCAUCCACCUCGUACCGCUCGCGCUUGGGAAUCGAAUCAUCAUGAUAAUCACGACAAUCUACCCGAGUGGGCAACGGAAAAUCCGAGCGAAAGCGGCGGCAGUUUUGAUGCUUCCGGUGCGUUCCAUGGUGGAAUGUAUUCGGAUGACGAUGAAGACGGUGUGGCGGGUGCUUCCCAACAAGGCAGAACUCGACGUGUCUCGGAAGGCAGUGCUUCUAACAUAGUAAAAUCUAAUAACAAGACAUUGACUUUCGGAACGGGUUCUGUCCAAUCGUUGAAUCGCCAUACGAAUAAUACAGUCGGUACCACAUUAAAUAAGGAACGAUCGAAACCAUUGGAUUCAGUCGAGGAUAAGGAUAAUUCUAUAGAAAAAGAAAAGAACUGUAACUCGCCCUCCGUCAAAUCUUCAGUUGCACCUACGACUGAGAGCAUUCCUGCGAAGAUCUUAACGACAUCUUCGGAUCUUUUACAGAAGAAAAAUAUUAUCGGAUCCGCGAAUAAAGUCGAGACUAGCGAGAAACCUGGUGAACCUCCGAGUGGAGUUCAUAAAGAUAAAGAGAACAUGCAGACGCAGGAGAUUAAAAAAGAGCCGCAAAUAACUGUUACUCCGACCAAUCGACAGGUUCAAACAAUUUUGGAGCAGUCGAAGCUCGUGCAUAAUCCGGGAACUGCUACUAGCAUCAGGCAGAGACCGGAGGACGACUUUGAUAGAAUGAAAGAAGAGGCCGAUGCAUUAGUAGCCAAAUUAAUGGCGGAUGAGGAGAGCCACAAAGAGAAGACGAUCGCUACCGGUGUCCCAUCUGCAAUCGGCAGUAAUCAAUCUUCCGCGGUUUCCGCCACGGGAAAUCAGGAAAAAUGGUUUUACCGUGAUCCGCAAGGUGAAGUUCAGGGACCGUUUUUAGCUAGCGAAAUGGCCGAGUGGUGCAAAGCCGGUUACUUCACUACAGGAUUAUUGGUGAGAAGAACCUGUGAUGAAAGGUACACCACGCUUGGUGAUCUGAUUAAAAUAUGCGGAAGAGUACCCUUUACGCCUGGUCCACCAAUACCCCCUUUGAAGUUAUCAGAACAAGUGAUUUCACCUGUUCCUACUACUAUACCAGCGGGGCUGGGUGCCAGUGCUCUACCGAAGACAGGAAUAGAGGAUCCGUUAUUAUUGAUGACGUAUCAGCAAAUGCAGAUGAUGCACAAUCAGCAGAUGCUGCUCAGGCAAAUGAGAACAUCAGCGAUAGCGAAACUAUCUCAAUCGGAGCAUUGGACGACCCUAAGUCCAGUGGAGCAGAAUCAACUGAUUCUACAAUACGUUAUACAGGACGGAAUGCAAGAGAUUCCGGAAGUUCCGAUAGCUCCGACAAACCCGUUUGUGCCUCAUCUCGCGUCUCAGACGGCUAAUCCUGUCAUGCAACUUUUCACUCAGAUGCAGCAGGUGAAAACGCAACCCGAAGCACAUCUAGCGACAAAUCCGCAUGCAACUGCAUCGCCCCAUCCAGCUGCAGUAGAUCCAUUACAACAACUGAUCCAACAAAUGGGCGGUAUACAGAAUAUACCUACCAUGCAGCAACCAAAUAUCGCUUCGACCCCCGCGCCAACGCAAGAGGAUAAUCCAAUAAAAUCUUUGUUACGUCAACUCAAUGUCAACACGAAUGGCCCUCCACAGGCGCCCCAUAUGGACACUGUCUGGCCACAACCUCCGCCGCAAAUAGCUCCCCAGUUUAAUGCGCAGAAUUGGUUAGCGCAGGUUGGCCCCAUUCCCGCAAUGCCGCCUGGACAAUUACCUGGUUCUCUAUGGGAUCUACAUGCUAAAGAUAUGAAAACCGAGCAGCAAAUACUGGAAGAACAAAAUCUUAAGUUACAAGAGGAUAGAAAAAAAGAAGAGUUAAAAAAACAAGAAGAAUUACAGCGUCAAGCAGAGGAGGAGAAGAGAAAGCAGAAGGAAGAGGAACAAGCUAGACAAGUCGAAGAAGCGAAACGAAAAGAUGAGGAAAGAAAGAAAAAGCGCGAACGACAGCGGAAGACGCUUGACAGAGCGAAGCGCUUCAUCAGGCGACGUCAGAAGGAAGAAGAAAGACUUAGGAAAGAAGCGGAAAUGCGGCGGCAAGUGGAAGCAGAGGAACAGGCGCGUCGCUCGGAACAACGACGAAGAGAAGUUGAGGCACUGCGCAAGCUUCAAGAACGAAAUAAAGCUCCGUGGGCUCAGACUCCACGUGCGAUGGCUCCUGCUGUUCACACCACUUCGCUCGCUGAGAUUCAAAGAUUUGAAAGAGAGAAGAAAGCGGAAGAGCAACGACUUCAACAAUUAAUGCAACAACAAUUGGCGCAGCAAAAAGCAAUAGAAGCGGCGCAGGAGGCAUCAGCAAUUGAUUCGUCCAAACGAUUGCAGUUUAAAUGGGCAGAAAAGGCUACAGCUUCCAAUAAACCGCUCCAAGUGAAGAGUCUCGCGCAAAUCCAGCAGGAGGAGCAGGAACGCAUCGCUAAGGUAAAGCAACAGGAAAGAGAACGGCAGGAAAAGGCCGGUCAAAAAGAAUCGGCGAGUAUGCUGCAGAAUGCCGGAAUAUGGGGUACGGCAUCGCAAUGCUUGAAUUGGGCUAAUUCGAGUUCGUCGAACAGUCAAGCGUGGGCCAUUAAUGCUGGUAAUAGUGGUUUCUGGGAUGAUCCUGCACCCGUCAAGUCAUCCGCAAGUGUGAAGCAAUCGGUUGUUAAACAAACUACGACUGCGAAAUCUAGCACUCUUAAUCAGCAACAGCAGCAGCAGCAACAACUACAACAAAAUAAUAACAAUAAGGCGUCCAAGAGCAAAAACAAGAGAGAGGAGGAAUUAGUGAAGAAACUAUUUGAACAGAACACUGCCAAAACCGAUGAGUUUACGCAAUGGUGUAAUAAAGCGUUGAGCGGUAUACAGGCAUCUGUGGACAUCCCUACAUUCGUUGGAUUCCUGCGAGACAUAGAAUCGGCUUAUGAAGUGAAAGAGUACGUUCGUGUUUAUCUUGGCGACACCAAGCAGAGUACAGAAUUUGCCAAGCAAUUCUUAGAGAAGCGAAGUAAAUGGCGAUCGGCGCAGCGUCCUCAGGCCCAAGCGGAUGAUCUGUGCAAGCCAGCACCGGCCGUUAAUCCGAAUGCCUCUGCAGAAUUUCAAGAAGUUAAGGGAAAAUCCAAGAAACCAAAGAAGGGAAAGAUGUUCAAAGUGGAUAAUAGAAUCCUUGGCUUCAGCGUGACCGCGGCCCCUGAUCGUAUCAACGUAGGUGAUCGCGAUUACGGUGAAGGAGUCUGAGCUGUUUCGCCAAUUUACCUCGCGGAAAUGAUGCGACGCUCUCGAUUUACACAUUGCGAACGGUUCGUUAUUUAUUUAUUGUAUAUGCCAAACUGGUGCUGCUAAGAAGAAUCACUCACCACGGGUAACUUCUUGAAGCAUACAAAACUUUACAAUCCAAGGAAGAACUCGAUCGUCCUUCAAUCGUCAAUGACCGUGGCUGAGCGUGGCAUUAUUUUCUUAUUACAUUAAACGAAAAAAGCUCCAUUGUACAUAUUACUCAGAGAUGAAUAUUUCAGAAAGAAAGAGGACGGACUUACUUUUUCCUAUGUAUGUAUGCGCGACAAUUAAAGUUGGAAACUUUUAUAACAUUUCAUCAUCAUUACAUCAUCAUCAUUUAAAUCCCUAAACCAAGACGAGAAAAGAAAAAGGGAAAGAAUAAAUAUAAGCUCUGUGGCAGUCAAUAGCAAUAUGUGUAUGUAAAGGUGUUCAACGGGAUAAAGAAUACACACACACACACACACACACACACACAUAUAUAUAUAUAUAUAUAUAUAUAUAUAUAUAUCAUAUAUGUAUAUAUGUAUGGAUGAUACCCAACACACACAUGUAUUAGAAUGUCUCGUGUUGUGAGUUCGCGAAAACCAUCGUCUCAAGUACUGAAUAUAUAUGCGGUGCGUCAGUAUUUGUCCUCACUAAAUCCUAUGGAUUUUUCGCUUUGUCGCAAAUAUAUUCGUCGAGAAGAAAAAAGGAUUUGUGCACAUUGUAUUAUUUAUACAACAGAUUUUACGAAUGAUUUAAUCCAUGCAUCUCGAACACACAAAAAUAUCUUCCUUCACUUUUUUAAUAAUUUUUUAAUAAUUAUUCUUCCUUCACUUUUUUCGCUGUCAUAAUAUAUCGCAAUCAUAAUAACGAUAAACAGAAUUUCAUGUACACACAAUAGUAGUUGCAUUCGCAGAUAUUAAUGAUAGAACGGAGACUCGCGUUACUCUUUGCAACAACGAAUGAGCAGCGAAAGAGAAAGAGAGACAGAGAGAGAGAAAGAAAGAUUUAAUAUACUCUUUCCUGAUAUUAGAAGUAUAAUUAUGAAAUAAAACUAGCAAUUCAGCAUAGCACUCUUGAUUAGAAACUUUUGGUUCCGCAGUAGAAACAGAACAAUAGCGAUUUAAAGGCGAUAUUUAUAUUAUUAAUUCCACACACUCUCGACAGCAUAGAUGAAAUUAUAACAUCACUGAUAAUUGCAUGUGUGGAUCUCACUCUUUGUAGUCUUCUUGUAAUCGAUCUAAUAGUAAAAACUUGAAAGGACUCGAAAAACUUAUACAGGAAGACUUAAAUGAUACAUAACACGUGAUCAGAGAGGCGAAGUACUUUUUUGUAAAGCUUUAUUUUAUAACUCUCUUGUAAGUGUCGUAGUUAAAGAUCCAUAAAGGGGAACCUUUUUAGCACUUUUUAAGGACAUUCGUUUCAUUAUAUCUUAAAUGGACAAAUAUGCAUCGAUAGAUGCGAUAUUGGAUAAGUAUGUAAUGUGACACAGAUCUGACCACUCGUAAUAUUAUGAUGCUUGUUAACUAAGGUUCAUUGAUCUUCUCUUAUCUAAGAUCAUACAAAAUAGGAGAAGAUCACAGAUCCUUGCACAUGAAAGAUUUAUAUAUAAAUAGAUUAAUGUACAGAGUAUACGCCCGGUGAUAAUUAAACAAACAGACGAAAGCGAUAAUUAAAAAUAAUAUUGUAUCAAUAUUCUAUUAUUGUAUUUAACGUACAACGUAAUUGAAAUAAAUAUUUUUAAUUUGACUUUCUUAUUGUUUUAUAUAAAUUUUAAUUUAUUAUGAAUCGCAGAUUUCAUAAAAUAUUUCAAUAUACGAUAAAACAUAUUGAAACUUUAUUUAAAAGUAUGAAUGUAAUUCUUUUUUUUCUUACAAGAGUCUAAUAUAUACAUUUCAUACACUUGUAUACUCUGUAUGCGCAGAUGAUUGCUAAUUGAUCGAAAGUACAGCAGAUUUCUAAUCGCAGCUCUUUCAAGAAAGAGAAAGAGAUAAAGUUUCUUUAUCGCUUUUUAUGGAAGGAAAAAAAAAUACUCGCGAAAAAUUGAUUGUAUUAACGCGCGAUCGGUGAAUUAACACGAACACGAAUUAACCUUUCUACUCGACACAUAUUGCUACAAAUAACUGCUUAAAGAUUAGCGCGAAUUGUUUUAAAACGUAAGCACGAACUAUCCGUAAUACACACGACGAUAUUUUGUAAUGCUAAUGACGCAAUAAAUAUCUUUCUUAAGCAUAUGUAACUAUAUGUGUAUGCGGAGUGCGAGCGACGUUGGAUAUCGUUAUAAAUUGUUAUAAGUGUUAUGCAUUGAUUCAUACGAGAUGUCACAUAUAUCAUAAUAAAAAAAGAAAUCCACAUAUUUAACAGAUAAAGUAUUAUUUUCAUAAACAAACUAACAUCGGAUGUUGAACAUCAUGCUCUAUUAUAUUUGUUUUGGAAUGAUACACAGAGAUUACAAAAAGCAGCAGGAAAUAUAAUAAAUAAAAUUGUUAUAAACAGUCCUGUCAAUUGUAAUAAUUUUACAUACAAGUAAAUCACGAUAUUUGUACUUUCUC